CACACCAAGAUGGCUUGCAACGACCUGUACCCGCCGAAAACCAGCGUCGCCGUCCCCCAGCCCAUCGCUGAGAGCUGCAACGAGCUGUGCGCGCGGCAGUGCCCCGACUCGACGGCCUUCAUCCAGCCGCCCCCCGUCGUCGUCACCUUCCCCGGCCCCAUCCUCAGCUCCUUCCCCCAGCAAGCCGUGGUGGGCUCCUCCGGGGCACCCGCCUUUGGGGGCUCCUUGGGGCUGGGGGGCCUCUACGGCGCGGGGGCCACCCAGGGCUCGGGGGGCCUCUGCACCUUUGGCAGGCCCUACGCCUCUCCCGCCUGCAGCCCCUACCUCUUGCCGCGCUACAGCAAGAAGCUGUGGGACACCUGUGGGCCCUGCUAAAGCCAGGCCCGUGCCACCUCUUCUCCUCCUCGUCCUUCCUCCUCCUCUUCACAGACAUGUGACUCCUCCAGUGCUGCCCCCCAGGGCCCUUUCUUGGCCCUGUGCCGGCCACCGCCUGGGAGAAGCCUGAAGGAAGAACGCCUCUCUGG